UGAAUUUUUAUUUAUGUAUUUUUAAUUCGAACGAAAAGAAUUUCAGUUUUAUCCUCGAGGUGGCACUUUAAAGUUUAAGCAUCCAGGAAUUUCUUGUUUUUGGAACGAACGAUAAUUUUCUGUAAUAGGAAAACGAAAAACAAAAAAUGGAAGGCGAAUUACCUUCGAAAAGUAUUGAAGAAAUAGAAAAUGCACACUCAAGUUUAGAUAAAAUCGAUAAAGAUAUGUUCAUUGACGAAGACCUUACAUCUUCCUUUAAUCUACAAUCUCUUAGUACCAUUGUCGACGAUUUAAUAGAACCGAACGUUAGUUUACAAGAUUGCAACGAGUUAGUGGAUCAGGCUUGUUACUCAGAGUUAACUCGAAAAUCUGGAAAAAAUACAGUUGAAAAUUGUAAUCUGUCGUUAAGUUUAGUUUUAAAAAACGAUGAAAAUGCUGAUUUAAUGAAGGAUCGUGACAGCAAAUUAUCAUCUACUCCGAUAAAGCGUAAGUUGAAGAAUCAUGAACUUUCAGACAUUAGUGUUGAUAAUUUGACAUGUGGUGAAGAAACAAACCACAACAGUGACAAAACUAAUUUUGCUGUCUGUGAUAUGUCUAUCAGUGCAUUAUCUGAUAAAAAUGAUGAUAUAAUUACGUGCAAAGUUUCGGACGAUAAAGAGGAAAAUAUCUUUACUUCAUGCAAUAGUCCUCAAGUCUCUCCAAUUGCUAAAAAUCAAAUCUUCGAACUCAGUCUGUCGGCCAGUGCUGCUGUAGAAAAUCUGAAUACAAAAAAUGAGAAUUUAGUUUGUAAUUAUAAGGUUAACUUAGAUAAGCCUGACAAAGAAAUCAUUAAUGAAUUAACUUCUGAUAAUACAACAAAAAAUGCAUUUCAGAAUGAAAAGCUUGAGGUUAAAAAUGAGUCAAAUACUAUUUUAAAUGAUAAGGAGAAAGACGAUCUUGCAGAACAAUUGACGGAAGUUAAUAAGGAUUUAUCAUUAAAAAAGGAAACAAAUGUAAUAAUUUCGAAAGAAGGACCUUCAGCUGAAUCAGAAAAUUUCGAGCCUUCCCGUAAACAAACGCAAUCGAAUAAGAUUGAGAAAAUAAGAAAACCGAUUCGUAUUGUACGAAAUCGGAUUAGCUGUAAUAAAGACAAUCAUUUAGAGAAACGAAACGAAACGAAAACCGGAGAAUCGUCCGAAAAAGAAGCAAAAAAACCAAAAUAUAUAAUCGAAGAUCCUUUAGAAAUCAGGGAUAUAAACGAUCCGGAAUGGGAGAACGUGAGAUGUUUGAAUACGGAUGACGAACGUUACAGCGCAGUUAAAGCUUGUUGGGGUUCGACAAGCGUACCCAAUCCAAACAAGGAUCUAACAAGACACAACUACAGAUUACGUAAGAUGAAGAAGGAAGGUUACAAAGCAGCAGAAAACGAUAUGAGAAUAGGAAAACGAACGGCUACUAGCGAACCGGUAGACAUCAUCGAUAACAAACGUCGCAAAGUAGAAACAGCCUUUUGCACGGAGAUUCUCGAUCGGAAGAUCGAUCAAGAGCAUCAGCUGUACAAAGAAAGACGCAAUCAAGAAGAACAGAAAUAUUUCAUCGACGUACAAAAGGUCAAGUACAAAAUCUGCAAAAACAAACAAUUACUCGAACAAGAAUAUUUGCAGAAGAUUGAGAAAACUAAAUCGUCAUCUAAUGUUUAUAAUCCUAUUAGUAAGAAAGUGAAAGAGUGGAAGAUUUCUAAAGAAGUAAUGUUAAGAGAUCAAGAAAGUCGGGAAAUUGAGAUUGCGAAAAGACGUUUCGCUGAUGCUAACAAGAGACUAGAACAUAAUUUCAAUGUGACUUUAAAUAAACUUAAUAAAGCUAGAGAUGAAGUACUCAAAUUUAAUCAAUUUUACUGUGGAUUGAGUAAGUUAAAUCCAACAGUACUGGAAGGUAAAAGACUUGAAGAGGUUAGAAUAAUCGAAGAAAUGUAUAACAUCUAUGAUAAAGUUUAUGCACCCGCUCGUAUGUAAGAUAUUUCUUUCCAUAUAUUAACGUUUAAGGAAUAAAAAUUUCGUUGCUGAUAUCUCAGUUUUUAAAAAAUUACGAGAUUAAUUUUAUCAGUUAUUUUAAUAUUUUGAACGUAAUGUUUCCUGUUUACCAGUCCAAAAAAACGAAAAAAAUUAGUAUAUAUUGAUAACGUGACUUGUUUACCAAUGAAUUUUUCCAUUAAAUGUAAAAUAG